AGUGACAUUAUUUCACGGAUUCCUCUGUGGAAAGUUCAGUUUGUACUGAAAAAUCAAAUCAGUUUGUGGAUUAUUAUGAGAUGGGGAUUCAAAAACUUGAAUUCUGACUGUUAGGUUAACAGUCAACAAAGUCUGCUAAUCUUAUCUUCUCUUUUUCUUCAAUUUAUUGGAAACUUAAAAUUGAUUUAGCUGAAGUUUCUAACCAGAUAUGAUUUCUGAUCUUAUCUUUGCUCAUCUCUGUAAGAUAUGGAAGAAGUGAAGGUAAUUGGAUUCUGGGCCAGUCCAUUCAGUAGGAGAGUCAUCUGGGCUCUCAAACUGAAGGAUAUACCAUUUGAAUACAUAGAAGAAGACCUCUCCAACAAGAGUGAAUUGCUUUUAAAGUCUAAUCCAGUUCAUAAGAAGAUCCCAGUUCUUAUUCAUAAUGGAAAACCAAUCUCAGAAUCUACCGUAAUCCUUGAAUAUAUCGAAGAGACAUGGCCGGAGAAUCCGUUGCUCCCUGAAGAUGCUCAUGAGAGAGCCAUAGCUCGUUUCUGGAUUAAAUUCAUAGAUGACAAGGGUCCUGUUUUCUUUGCAGCCUUCAAGGCUGUUGAAGAAGAACAAGAGAAGACAGUAAAGGCAUCCAUGGAAGUGCUGAAAACCUUAGAAGAUCAUGCCCUUGGAGAUGAGAAGUUUUUUGGGGGCAAUAGGAUUGGAUUAAUAGACUUGGUCUUGGCAUUCAUUUACUGGAUGGAAGUGAUGGAAGAAGCUAUAGGGUUGAAGAUUUCUUUGAGGGAAGCUCAUAACUUCCCCAAAUUGCAUGCAUGGGCUGAGAAUUUUAGGGAAGUUCCAGUGAUUAGAGAUAACCUUCCUGAUCGCAGUGCACUUAUGGACCAUUUUAGACACCUAAGGAAAUUUUUUAUUUGAUCAUUAAUAUCAUUAUCAGGGUUUGGUUCAUAUUUUAAUUCAAUUUCCACUUGAGAACUCUCCAUUUUUUAUGCAUAAGAUUUCUAUCAUGUAAUCGUCAUUAGCAAUAAAUAAACAUAUAUUAUGUAAUUUUUGUUA